GUAUCAGAACUAGUAAUGAAGAGGUUCCUGCUCAGAGGUUCCUACUCAGAGAAACGUACAUGGUUGAUUUUAUCCUCCCAACAAGCCUGUGAGGUUUCAGCUGUGGAAGUGUCCACGCCAAUAGAACUCUUUGUGUAUAAUGGGACAGUUGCAAAGCUUCCAUGUACAUUUAAAUCGGCAGAGAAAGCCAGUGCUUUAGCAUCUGCUACUUGGAGCUUUCGACCACCUGGAUCAACUGCUCAUCCUGCAGUGUUUUUCUAUUAUUACGCUGAGAAGGCAUAUCGUGGGAAGGAUUCACAAUUUAAGGACAGAGUCACCUGGGUUGGAAACUUUAGUAAGAAAGAUGCAUCCAUCAAGGUAGCAAACAUGAUUCCUGAAGACAAUGGCACUUACAUCUGUGAUGUUAAGAAUCCUCCAGAUAUCGUUGUUGAGCCAGGACAAAUCGAAGUUAAAGUUUUGGAGAAGAAAAUAAUAAUCCCUAGAGUAAACUAUACAAACAUUACAACCUCUGGAAAGAUGGCAUAUAGUAGAGCCACUCAUACUUUAUUCUGGUCACUCACACUUAAGUUCUGCUGUGCUUUAGCCUCUUUCCCAAACUAUUUAUUCUGAAAAUAAAAUGCGUGUUUUAAAAUGCUUAAA